GGUUGUUUAUUUGAUCAUUUUGUUCACAUUCUGCUCGGUGUGAUGUUGCAUAUUGCAGCCACUACACCGGCUUCUGCAGUGCCUGUGUACAGCUGAUUAUCACUGGACAAGCUCUGACUCCUGCGCAUCAUCAGCUACUCUGCACAUUGCUAUUAUAUCGCAUUGUGCUGCAAGAUGUACGGGUAUUGCAAAGAUCAGUUGUAGCAUCUCUCUACGCUCUUGAACAGUUGUCCCUUGCCUUGAUCGCUCUAUUUUUAUGAUAUUAUGCACAAUGACCGUUGACAUCAGAAUCCCGCGCGAACUUGAAUCUGACAGCUAUCUUGUCAACUAAUAUUUUCCGUUACGGAGUAUAACCGUAUUGGUGAUUUCCAGUUCCGCUUCGUCUUUCAAGUUUUUUUUUGCGCAAUGGACAUAAGAGCGCUAAUCAUUAUUGCGGUGACCUUUGCGGAAUCCUUGUGUCAAGAUGCAGAGUUUUGGAAAAAACAAGCCGAUACUCUAAUGCAGGAUCGGUUUUCCCAGAAACCAAAUACAAAAAUAGCGAAAAAUAUUAUAUUAUUUAUUGGGGACGGAUUGAGCGUUGCGACAUCCACCGCAGCCCGCAUUUACGACGGUCAAAAACAUGGUUCCACCGGAGAAGAAAACCGCCUUGUAUAUGAAAAACUUGAUCACACAGCCGUUAUCAAAACAUAUUGUACAAAUAAGCAGAUUGCCGAUUCGGCGUGCACAGCAACAGCCAUGGCGUCAGGAGUAAAGACAAAAUCUCGUGUUAUUGGGCUGGAUGAUUCCGUCCUCCUAUCUAAUUGCUCCUCCGUGACGGACACUUCCAAAUUGUCCAACAUUCUCAAGUGGGCACAAGAUGCCGAUAAAUCGACGGGCAUUGUGACAACAACCAGGAUAACGCACGCCACUCCAGCGGCGUUUUAUGCGCACGCGGCUGACCGCGACUGGGAAGACGACAGUGCCAUUCCCGAUGGGCAUCGAUCUUGCAAAGAUAUUGCCAAACAACUGAUCGAAGAUCUUCCGGGUCGAGACCUCAAAGUUAUACUGGGCGGUGGACGUCGGCACUUCUUUCCCAAGGAUGUCAUCGAUGUGCAGUACGUGAAUCGCACCGGAAGAAGAUCUGACAUGCGCAAUCUGGCCGAAGACUGGGUGGCGGACAAAUUCAGGAAGAAUUUUGCUUACAGCUAUGUCUGGAAGAAUGAAGAUUUUAACGAAAUCGAUACGGAAGAAACCGAUUACCUACUUGGUCUAUUCGACUACAGCCAUAUGAAAUAUGAAUCCGAUCGUAACACAAGUGCUGACGGACAACCCUCUCUAUCCCGUAUGGUUAACACCGCCGUACGGAUACUGCAAAAGAAUAAAAAGGGAUUUUUUCUUAUGGUCGAGGGCGGAAGAAUUGAUCAUGCUCAUCACGAAAACCGCGCACGAUAUGCACUUGAGGAAACCAUUGCGUUCGCAAAUGCGAUAUCAACAGCCUUGAAAUUAGUCAGUCUGGAUGAUACACUGAUACUUGUUACCGCUGAUCAUGCCCAUUCGUUAUCCAUUUCCGGAUAUUCCAAUCGUGGCCACCAUAUACUGGAUCUAGCUGGAACGAUUUCCGAUGUGGAUGCGAAACCGUACACGACAUUAAUGUAUGCCGUCGGACCAGGCUACAAACACCAGCCGAAUGGGCGUGAGAAUAUCACAACCGCAUCAACCAAGGAAAAAUCUUACAAGCAACACAGCACAGUUCCGGCGACAUCCGCUGCCCACGACGGGGAAGAUGUAAUGGCGUACGCACAAGGACCAAUGGCUCAUCUCGUGAAUGGCGUUAUGGAGCAGAACUCACUGGCAUAUGUUAUGGCUUAUUCGGCUUGUAUCGGACCGGCAAGAAAAACACAAGCCUGCUACCGCCGUCGGCCAGAGGGCAGUCCCACAACGACGCAGUCCAAUCUACCAAUGGCUGAUCAGCCGCAAUCAUAUGCGGGACCGGAUGCCACUGUGCCGCACGAAACUAACGACUUUCCUUUACCGGUUUCGGAGCAGAAGAUAGUAGGAGAAAGUAUGAAUUCUGCCGAAGGAAUGAUCUGUUCAGCUAUAAUUAUGAUCCUUUGCUCAUUUUCUGCCCUCGUGAAUUCUGUGACACUCGUAUGAAGCGUUUUUUUUGCCCUAUUACUUUGACUGAUGUAUAGACCGUUAUUAUGAUCUUUUGUACAGUUUUUCAUGCAUGGCGUUGUGAGAACUACAGUAUAGAUUAGUGCAGCAUGUAAAAAGUGUAUUUA